AUGUCUGAAGAAAGAAAAUUUGAAUCGGGGGCAAAAAAAAGAGCAAAAAAGAAAAGUCAACUUCUUGUAGCAGCUCGUGAAUGUAAAACUCAAACCAAACUUUUUUUUACACCUAACAGUGAUACGAUAAAAAAUAUACCUGUAAUGAAGUCUGUGAUUAAUGAAAUUGAUGAAAUAAAUACAAUUAACAAUACAAUACCUGGAUCAAACCCAAUUAAUAAUGAAAUAGAUACAAUUAACAAUAAAAUACCUGAAUCAAACACAAUUAAUAAUGAAAUGAAUACAAUUAACAAUACAAUAACUGAAUUGAACACAAAAAAUAAUGAAAAAACAGAAUUAAAUAUGAAAACUAAGCUUGAUAUUCUAGAUUACCUAAUUACCGUAACGACAUCAGACAAACCAAAAAUUACAAAUGAGUUGUUACAAUCUCUAGUAAAAUAUGGGGCAUGUCAACCGUUUGAAAAAGACAUGACAAAUAAUACUUUUCCGAUAGAUCCUAAGACAAAACGUCAUUUUUCAUCAUCUUAUUAUUUUAUAAAAAAUUCUAUGAACGAGAUAACCAAGUACCAUUGGAUGUCUUACUCAAUCAUGCAAAAUGUUGUAUAUUGUCAUCCUUGCUGGCUUUUUGGGGAUAAUGCUACUAAGCAAUCAAUUUGGGUUUCUGGUUAUUCGGAUUGGAAACAUUUAACCCAGUCAGCCAUAAUUCAUUGUAACAGCAAACAACAUUUUAGAUCUGAUGUAGCUUUAGUUCACUAUUCUGAAAGUAAAUCUAUUGAAGCAAUGAUUUCAAAGCAGUAUUCAUUAAAAGUGAAAAAAUGGCGUGAAAUCCUCAAAUUAUUAUUUGAUGUAGUACUGACACUUUCCGUAUUAGGCUUAGCUUUUCGAGGACAUAGAGAGAAUAUCAACGAUACACGUUGUGGAGUUUACUUAUCGAUUUUAAAACUGUUAGCAAAGCAUAACCUACCUUUGAACAACAUUUACAAUCAAGCCUAA